UCCUACAGGCAGCCAUAUUGGUGAGGUCAUAUCCGGUUAUGCAGAUAGACCUUCCUCUUCACCAGUUCCUGAGUAGGAGGGUUUAUUUUUUUUAGCCCGUGUGUCUAUAUAAACACUCAUAACAGCGUUAACAGCAAUAAUAAACAACAGUAUUGUCCACAAGGUGCUUGUGUCAGCUUGAAAACUAACGUGAUUUAAAAUCGUCUCGCCUUUUAAAAGCUAGUGCAGUGACGUCAGAAUAAUAAUUAAGCAGCUAGCGGUGUGUUUUGACAGCGUUCUGGCUUGUACAUGCGUAGCUAGUUAGCCACAUGCUAAUGUACGUGUUACCUGUUAGGUAGCUGACUGGUUUAUCACGGGAUAAGUUUAAUAGACUCGGUUCUGAGUGUGGUUUCAGUAUGAGAUAAGACACGAGACAGCUAGGACUCGUUAGCAAAAACAAUAACGAGAUAUCGACUAACUGUUUAACCAAAUACGUGUAUCUUCCUUCAGCUGACUAAAGACAAGUGUUCUUUCCAUCCUCGCAAAUAAACCAUGACAGCCAUGCGUGUUGAUGCCAAGGUGGUCAUGCUGGGGAAGGAGAGUGUGGGUAAAACCAGCCUGGUGGAGAGAUACGUUCACCAUCGCUUCCUCGUUGGACCGUAUCAAAAUACCAUCGGAGCUGCGUUUGUCGCCAAGUCCAUUAACAUCGGAGACAAAGUGAUCACUCUGGGAAUAUGGGACACGGCCGGAUCUGAGCGCUACGAGGCCAUGAGUCGAAUUUACUACAGAGGAGCCCGAGCUGCUAUCGUGUGUUACGACUUAACAGACGACAGCAGCUUCCAGAGAGCCAGAUUCUGGGUAAAGGAGUUACAGACAUUCGAAGAGCACUGUAAGAUCUACUUGUGCGGGACCAAGUACGAUCUGGUCGAAGGCGACCGAAACGCGCGGCAAGUCGACUACCACGACGUGCAGGACUUCGUGGAAGAAAUAGGAGCACAGCAUUUUGAGACGUCGAGCAAAACAGGAAACAACGUCGAUUCACUCUUCAUGAAAGUAGCAGAGGAUUUCAGUAACUCGGCUUUUGAGCUCCUGUCAGAGGAGACAGGUGUGAACCUGGGCCAGAAGAAGAACUCGUAUAUCUACAGCUGCUGCCAUCACUGACUGAACACGAGGACGCCGCCGCGUAACGUCGUGCCGCCUCGUCGUCUCCUGCCUUUUUAUUUA